UUCCCGCCGCACCCCCCCGAGGGCCCAGAAGGAGAGCCGCCGCCCCGCCGCCACCCCUCGUGCCCCCAGGCAGCAGAGGCCGAAGAGCUUGAGCCAUGAGCUCCGAGAUGUACCAGUCCCCGAUGGAGGUGGCUGUCUACCAGCUGCAUAACUUCUCCAUCUCCUUCUUCUCGUCCCUCCUGGGGGGGGAUGUGGUCUCUGUCAAGCUAGACAACAGUGCCUCCGGAGCUACAGUUGUGGCCAUUGACAACAAGAUCGAGCAAGCUAUGGAUCUAGUGAAAAAUCACCUGAUGUAUGCAGUUCGAGAGGAGGUGGAAAUCCUGAAAGAGCAGAUCAAGGAGUUGGUGGAGAAAAACUCCCAGCUGGAGCGUGAGAACAGCCUUCUCAAAACCCUCGCCAGCCCCGAACAACUGGAGAAAUUCGAGUCUCAGCUGAGCCCUGAUGAGCAGACCACCCCUGGUGCCACCAAUUCACCUGAACAGGAUGCAGGCUCUGCCGUGUAAGUGGCUCUGUCCUGGGAGUGGGCAGAGCCACGGAACUUUUUUCUACCUAGCUCCUUAAGAAUAUGAUUUUUUUUUCAUCCCCAAGUAUCAUCUCACAUGAAGAAUUGCCCAGCUUGCAUCAGCUGGUGCCGAGAUGUUCAAAGGGCAGACCUUCAUGGGCCCGCCCUAAGUGUUUGACCUCUGAAGAAAGAGCUCUUUUUGGAAGUUGAGUUACACAAGGAGAUGAUACCUCAGCUCACACCCACUGGUCCCAGGACAACCAAGGCAUGCACCUUGGCCAUUCCUGAAAACAGAACAGGGCUGUAUGUGUUGUUGUCGUUGUGGUUUUGUUGUUGUUGUUGUUGUUGUUGUUGUUGUUGUUGUUUUAACACAACCUGUUUUUAAAUGGAAACCAGCAACAGUUAAGACAGGGUCAGGCUUCAGCUGAAUGGCCCCAGCGGUUUUCUUAGCGAGUUCUGCUUUUUUCUCCGUGGUAGCUCUGUGGCAGCAGACAGGGCCCACUUUUUGACACCCAUUCUAAUAUCUUCAAGAGUGGGUCUUUACUUAUUGAAAUGUAGAAUGAAAUUUCAAUAAACUUUUCUAAAUAGAAAA